AUGGUCGCCAUAGUUGAAGAAAAUUUCCAAGUCAAAGAUUACUUGUACUUACCGAGAUUGUGGCUGAAAAUAGUCGGUUCAUGGAAUUUUUCCUUCGAUUUUUUGCCAGAAAAUCUUCGGUUCAUUGGGAGAUUCAUCGCCAACUGUUAUCGACUGUUCAUUUUUAUCAAUCUGGCACACAUUGAAACCCUGCUUUUAAUAACUUCGUACAAAGUUUACGUCAAAGAUGGACUUAUCGACGCUUUUUUGUUCUUUGUUAACGUCAUCGUGUUCUUAUGGGUGGUUAUUGUUGACAUUUAUUAUGUUUUAACGCAAAAAGGCUUGGAAAAAGUGUUCGUUCUCAUCAACGAAGGCUUUCGAUAUCGAAGUGCUCCGGGUCUGACUUACGUAACUAUCGAUUCUGGAUACAAUGCUGCCGUGAAAUUCCAUAAAUAUUGGCAUGUAUGGGUGAUCUUCGUCGUUAACGGAUACGCUUCGGCGUCUUUGUUCAGCAAAACCUUGCAAUUACCAUUGCCCGUUUGGUAUCCCUUCGAUUUGGAUGUCGGAAAUCGUUUUUUAAUCAUAUGGAUCAUACAGUACAUCGCCCAAUUCUAUCUUGGGAUACUUUAUGCGACAGCAAUUGGUGUUGUGAUGUACACGGUAAUUCUGUUUAUCUCUCAAUUUGAUAUUUUAUGUGCCAGUAUCAAAAAUAUUCCGUAUACGGCAUUAAUUAAAGCAGGAAUUGACAAGCGAGCACUUAUGAAGUUACAAGAUGACUACAGAAAUACUCCUCAAGAGUUAAAUCAAUAUAGCAUGGCAAGCAACAUCGAACUUUUUGAAGAUAUUGAUCAACUUGACUUGAAAAUCGAUGCUUCAAAGACUUUUGAGGACUUUAAACUCACCGUGGAAACUUUUAAUGAUCCAAAAGUCGCGAAAUGUUUAAAAGAAGCCAUCGUGGAUUGCAUUGAACAUCACAUUGCCAUCUCUGAUCAAUUGAAAAAGUUUGAAAAACAGAUGUCGGUGUUGCUUUUGAUCAAAUAUGGCGACAUAAAUUUGCUUUUGGCGAUCAUUUUAUUUGCUAUCUUAAUUUCUGAAGAAUUUGCUCGUAAAUUCGCCCUUGGCUGCUAUUUGUGCUGCCCCAUCUUUGAACUCACCAAUCUCUCAUACUUUGGACAAGUUCUCACCCUUCAAAGUACACGAGUAAUUGAAUCCGUCAUCAAUUCCGACUGGCAUUUAUACAUGAUGCCCGUAAAGAAGGAGUUGUCGAUCAUGUUGGCACGCGGCGUUCAACCCUUUGUAUUGACGGCGGGACAUUUGGUGAAUAUCACAGCGUCAAGUUUUAUUUCGGUCGUCAAGUUGUCGUUUUCGUAUUACACACUGCUGGAAAAGUUUAAAAAAUAA